CCGCCAUGACCAAACUGAGUGCCCAGGUCAAAGGCUCCCUCAACGUCACCACGCCCGGGGUGCAGAUGUGGAGGAUCGAGUCCAUGCAGAUGGUCCCUGUUCCUUCCAGCACCUUCGGCAGCUUCUUCGAUGGUGACUGCUAUGUAGUCUUGGCUAUCCACAAGACGGGCAGCAACCUGUCCUAUGACAUUCACUACUGGAUCGGCCAGGCCUCAUCCCAGGACGAGCAAGGGGCGGCUGCCAUCUACACCACGCAGAUGGACGACUUCCUGAAGGGCCGGGCCGUCCAGCACCGCGAGGUCCAGGGCAAUGAGAGCGAGACCUUCCGAGGCUACUUCAAGCAGGGCAUUGUGAUCCGGAAAGGGGGCGUGGCUUCUGGCAUGAAGCAAGUAGAGACCAACUCCUAUGACAUCCAACGGCUGCUACAUGUCAAGGGCAAGAGGAAUGUUGUGGCAGGAGAGGUGGAGAUGUCCUGGAAGAGUUUCAACCGUGGGGAUGUUUUCCUCCUGGACCUCGGGAAGCUUAUCAUCCAGUGGAAUGGGCCGGAGAGUAACCGCAUGGAGAGACUCAGGGGUAUGACCCUGGCCAAGGAGAUUCGCGACCAGGAGCGGGGUGGGCGCACCUAUGUGGCUGUGGUGGACGGGGAGAACGAGAAGGCCUCGCCCCAGCUGAUGGAGAUCAUGAACCACGUGCUGGGCCAGAGGAAGGAGUUGAAGGCGGCCGUGCCCGACACAGUGGUGGAGCCGGCGCUCAAGGCCGCCCUCAAGUUGUACCACAUGUCUGACACAGAGGGAAAGGUGGUGGUCAGAGAAAUCGCCACGCGGCCUCUCACACAGGACCUGCUCAGUCACGAGGACUGUUACAUCUUGGACCAGGGGGGCCUGAAGAUCUACGUGUGGAAGGGGAAGAACGCCAAUGCCCUGGAGAAGAAGGAAGCCAUGAAUCAGGCACUGAACUUUAUCAAAGCGAAGCAGUACCCACCAAGCACGCAGGUGGAGGUGCAGAAUGACGGGGCAGAGUCAGCCAUCUUUCAACAGCUCUUCCAGAAGUGGACAGUGCCCAACCGGACCUCAGGGCUGGGCAAAACCCACACCAUGGGCAACGUGGCCAAGGUGGAACAGGUGAAGUUUGAUGCCACGUCCAUGCACGUCCAGCCUCAGGUGGCUGCCCAGCAGAAGAUGGUUGAUGAUGGGAGUGGGGAGGUGCAGGUGUGGCGCGUUGAGGACCUAGAGCUGGUGCCUGUGGAUUCCAAGUGGCUUGGCCAUUUCUAUGGGGGCGACUGCUACCUGCUGCUCUACACCUACCUCAUUGGCGAGAAGAAGCAUUACCUGCUCUAUGUCUGGCAGGGCAGCCAGGCCAGCCAGGAUGAAAUCGCAGCCUCGGCCUAUCAAGCAGUCAACCUGGACCAGCAGUACAAUGAUGAACCGGUCCAGAUCCGGGUCCCGAUGGGCAAGGAGCCACCUCACCUCAUGUCCAUCUUCAAAGGACGCAUGGUGGUCUACCAGGGAGGCACCUCCCGGGCUAACAGCGUGGAGCCUGUGCCCUCCACACGGCUAUUCCAGGUCCAGGGGACCAGUGCCAACAACACCAAGGCCUUUGAGGUCCCAGCUCGGGCCACCUCCCUCAACUCCAAUGACGUCUUCGUCCUCAAGACCCAGUCCUGUUGCUACCUGUGGUGUGGGAAGGGCUGUAGUGGGGACGAGCGGGAGAUGGCCAAGAUGGUUGCUGACACCAUCUCUCGGACUGAGAAGCAAGUGGUGGUGGAAGGGCAGGAGCCAGCCAACUUCUGGAUGGCCCUGGGCGGGAAGGCCCCCUAUGCCAGCACCAAGAGGCUGCAGGAGGAAACCCAGGUCAUCACUCCCCGGCUCUUUGAAUGUUCCAACCAGACUGGGCGCUUCCUGGCCACAGAGAUCCCUGACUUCAAUCAGGAUGACUUGGAAGAGGAUGAUGUGUUCCUGCUAGAUGUCUGGGACCAGGUCUUUUUCUGGAUUGGGAAACAUGCCAACGAGAAUGAGAAGCAAGCCGCAGCCCUCACGGCGCAGGAAUACCUCAAGACCCACCCCAGCGGCCGGGACCCUGAGACCCCCAUCAUUGUGGUGAAGCAAGGACACGAGCCCCCCACCUUCACAGGCUGGUUUCUGGCUUGGGAUCCCUUCAAGUGGAGUAACACCAAAUCCUAUGAGGACCUGAAGGCGGAGCUUGGAAACUCUGGGGACUGGGGCCACAUCACUGCUGAGAUCACAAGCCCUAAACUGGAUGUGUUCAAUGCUAACAGCAACCUCGGUUCUGGGCCUCUACCCAUCUUUCCCCUGGAGCAGCUGGUGAACAAGCCUGCAGAGGAGCUUCCUGAGGGUGUGGAUCCCAGCAGGAGGGAGGAGCACCUGUCCACUGAGGAUUUCACCAAGGCCUUGGGGAUGACUCCUGCUGCCUUCUCUGCUCUGCCUCGAUGGAAGCAACAAAACCUCAAGAAAGAAAAAGGACUAUUUUGAGAAGCAAGAGUAGCUGUGCUUUAAUGCAGAACCCCACCCUCCUUGCAGAGCUUUGUUUUGUUAUUAUUACUGGUGUUAGUCCUAUACUAAUUGAAUUGAAAAUUUAGUUGUACCUGUGAGCAGCA